AUGGCCGGAGACGUUGCUAUGGAUGACGAUUUGAUUAGGCGUGAGGAGGAGACGAACGGAGCUUUGGAUGAACGGUCCGGCGGAGGGCUGUCGGAUGGGGCUGUUUUGCGUCGAAUGGGAGAAGGGGGGAAGGGGAUGCGGCGAGUCGGUGGAGGGAGUUUGGUUGGGAGGCAAAUUGGGAAUACCAAUGUAUUCCACAUGGAUAACAUACAGCGUGAGAAAGGGGGAGGGGAUAAGGGCGGUGGGGUUUGUUGGCGUGAGGAGUUACUGGAUGGAGAAGGUGGUAGAAUGGUGAGUGACGAGGUGGGCAGUUUGGAGGGAAGGGGGACGGGCAGUGGGGGGCAGCGAGGGAGGGAGGAGGGGGGGCAGUACGGAAGGUGA